AUGAGCUGCAGGCAACCAAGAACUCACGUGCAAGCUGCAAAGCUUUGCAGAGAGGUGAUAAAAGAAGACCUCAAAGAAAGAAGAGCAGAAGUGUCGGAUGAAGAUGCAGAGGCGGGACAGAGCAUUCGCUACGCCUGUCGGAACUUCUUCAAUCACAAAACAAUAAUGACUGCUCUCCGGACCCCAGAUGGAACAACUAUAGCAUCGAGAAGGGAGAUGGAAAAGGUCAUUCACGACAUCUACUCAAAUCUCUUCAACAGUCACGUCCACUUUCCUCCUCACCAUCUGAAGGAAGAUGGACAUGUCAUUCCAAAUGUUCUCCCUUCCGAACUCCGACAUGCCAUCAUGUCGAGACAAUACGCUGUGCGAAUGUAUUUAGACGGUGUGAGGACGUAUUUAGACGCUGUGAGAACGUAUCCAGACGCACUUCCAAGAUGUUACUGUUUGGACUCCUUCUACUUGGCGUUCUACUUCCAAGAAUCGUUUUCGGUGGCGCAUGUGAUGAGUGCAUACCUCGAGGACCAGGUCAUUGCUGUAACGGUCCAUCUGGACGAUGUUGUGUGA